AUGCCUUCCAAACUCCAAGACUAUAUUGACUCCCUCCAAACCCUGCCUUUGGCCGAGGGCAUUCAAGCAAUUGCAGAUCUCAUACCAGGCCUCACCAGCGUUGUCCCUCGUGAAUACGGCUACUUCGUCCAACAUCCCGACUACGAAGGAAUCGGUAACCUGAACGAUAUCGGUACCCUCUGGCUGAAGCUCGGAUCGCAAUGCCACACUGACCACGCACCUCUCCAAGUGCGUCUCGUUCACACAUCUAUGGACGACCCGAUUCUCGAAGUCUACGGAACCAGCUACACAAUGCUGAAUAAGGGACUGGAUGAUGGAACCAUUGCACCUCCCCCGCCCCUUGGAUACUGCACCUGCUGUAGUGGUGAGGCGAGUGCCGUCAUUUUGGCUUGUUUCCAUGAGCGCCAGGCUUUGUUCUUCACCGAGGACGAAUAUAAGUCUCUCUGGGGAGAUCAGCCGAAUGCUGGGGAGAGAUAUAGUGGUUGGACGGAAGAAAAUGGCUGGGAGAAGCGUAGAAUUAAUGCAAGCAAGGAGCAGAUUGAGGAGGCUCUAGCGAGGAAUCCAGCUGUUGGUAUUGUGAGUAUGCUUUAA